UUUUAUUGAAGAGUGUAGCCAUCAGUGUUGCCGUUAACUUAAAAAUAAAGCAUAGUGUUUUGUUUUUUAUUUGUCACAUCGGUAAAGAUGCAGGCUUAUCGCGAUAAUUUCAAGCAAACCCCUUGCCCAACAACAUUUGAGCAAACUUCGACUGCAAGUCGGUUGCCUUUUUCUAAGUCGAAUCGUAACCGAACGAACGCUCCAGAUAAAACAACCGGUUGUGGUGCUAACGCAGCUGCCGCAUCUUCCGAGACUGGUGCAUUACCAACGCCUAGAAUGUUAAGCCCAACAACACCAGGGGAGCCUACAUCAACGGCUGCCUUACUACGUCAAAAUCAUGAUUUGAGGCAACGUCUCUCAGAGGAGGCCAACAACUAUCGACGGCGAAUUGACUCCUAUAAACAGGCGCAACAAAAUCAAGCCAAUCUUGUUAGUCGCCUGCAAUCGAAAAUACAACAAUAUCGACAGCGUUGUAGCGACUUGGAAGAUCGAAUGCAUGAAUCGAUUAAACACACACCGGUACCACCUUGCACCCCGAAGAUAACAACCGGUCCGACAUCAAGUCAAGUAAUGUGUUCAACCUCAAUGGCAUUGGGUCAAUCAAGCCUGCCUUGCUCAUCUUCGUUGGACUCACCACCAUUGACUUGUGCACGGGAUUUCAUUGUGCAUGAAGAUAGUGGUGAAUUGUGCCGUAAGCUCGAGGAUGAGCACAGCAAAUGUGAACAACUCAUUGCGCAGAAUAAUACGCUGCGACAGCAAUUGGAAGAAUCGAAUCGAACGAAUGAGGCCAUAACUAACGAUCUACAGAAGUUAACUAAUGAUUUUUCCAACUUACGAGAUGAAUUACUUAUUAAGGAGGACGAGUAUAAAGAAGAGGAGCAGGCUUUCAAAGAUUACUACAAUGGCGAGCAUAAUCGCCUUCUAAAAAUGUGGCGUGAAAUUGUUGCUGUGAAACGGGCCUUCAAAGAUACGCAGUCGGCAAUGAAAAAUGAAGUUGGAAAAAUGGGCCUGGAAAUCGGCAGCGUCGCCAAAGAUCUAUUGAACUCUUGUGGUGGCCUUUCAUUUGUUCUACAGCAAGCGAAACGAGCAACUGACGAAGAGCUUGUCGAAUCUAGGCGUGAAAAUAACGAUUUGAGGUCUCAAUUGGCUACCCUGAAGGUGCAGUAUGAAAGCGCACGCCAAGAAGUUCUAGAACGGGAUCAACGACUACUUGAUCUAAUGAAUCAGUUGAAAAAACUUGAAGAACGCUGUGCUCAAGCUGAGUCGCAGGCAAUGUUAGCCAAUCGCUAUAACGACGAAAUCGAGAGACUGAACAAUUCUAUACGUGAAAUUGCACAAGCCGUUGUACAAGACGCUGAAAGUGCUGAUCGUGAAGGGGACGCUGCAGAGGCGAACGAAUCAAUGCAGCACAUGCAUUUAACGCGUGACACUGCCACUGGCAUGACCGUGCCUGCGAAAUCGCCGCGUCGCAGCUCAGCGCGUGCAUCGCAAGCUUUCGCCGAAGGCACCAUAUCAGCAGUUCAAGCCGCACUACAUAAAUACCAAUUGGCUUUGCAUGAUAUGCAAGUUAAAUUUCAAAAUGUUAACGAAAAUUUACGAAAUACAAAAGCACAACUUGAAACAAGUGAAGGCACAAAAGUGCUCUUGACGACGAAAGUGCAACAGCUUACUGAAAAAUUGGAUGCUAGCAAUUCGAAGCUAUCUGAAUUGUUGAAAGAGAGAGAAAGUCUGCAGAAGACACUAGAGGAAACGCGUCAGCAGAAACAACAAAGCGAACAGGGACGUCUCGAUUUGAAUUCUGCGUUUGAAAAUCUUAGCGCAGAUUUUGAAAAGUUGCAGCUAAAACAUGGAAAGCUUCAGAAGAAAAUUGAUUUACUUGAAGACGAUAAAAAAGCCGUGGAACUGGAAAUUCAACGAAUGCUUAAGGAUAAAAAUAUAAUUGAAAUGAAUCUAAGAUCUGAAGAAGACCGAGGUAGCCGCCUACGUGAGGAAACAAUAUCACUGCGCGAAGAAUUGAAUAGCGUAAGCCUCAGUCGCGACCUGCUUGAGCAGCAACGCAUCGAAUCCGAGAAUAUCAUUAAUUUAAUUGAAAAACAAAAAUCUGAUUUGGAGUAUGACUUAGAUAAGUUGCUCUUAGAGAAGUGUGAUCUACAAGAAAAGUUGGACAAAGUGUCGAAUAGUAACACCUCCACAACGGACGAAUUGAAGACAAUGCAAAGUGGCUUAAUUCAAGCACAGGAGGAGCGCAAUAAACUGAAAACAGAAGUAGGUGAACUUCAAAAGGAGAUAGCAACAGUGCGCAAGGAGUUAAGUGGUGUUGAAAAGGCACGCUUGGAGUUGGAAACGGAUAGUUUGUCAUAUAGCGAAAAACUAAAAUGUACACAAUUGGAGAAAGAAAAGAUUCUACAAGACCUGGCUUGUGUUACGCGGGACCGCAGUGAUAUACAUAACCAACUUACAGCCUUAUGCCGCAAAAAGGAGUCGCUCAACGAAGAACUUAUGCGCACGCGUCAAAAGUUGGAGCAAACUGCCGAAACAAAUAAUCGAUUGAAUAGGAAUUUGGAAGAAAUGGUUAAAGAUGUGGAGGAGAAACAGGUUGUAAUAGAUUUGCACGAGAAGGAAACCCAUCGUCUGCAGGAACUGCUCACGGCACUGCGUACCGAAAAAGAAUCUCUUGAAGCUGUACUUUUCGAUACAAAUACUCAACUAGAAGCGACUGAGGAGAAACGCCAACAGCUCGAACGUGAUCUUCAAGAAGCACUGGUGCGUGAAGAGUCUCUUAAAAACACUGUUGCACGUCUAAACAAAGAGCUGGAACAGUGUCACCGCCGAGCUCAGGAGACCAAAACCCAGCUAAUGAACGCUGCACGCGCAGCUGAGAAUGAUUUCAAUCAAAAGAUUUCCAACCUCAAAGCAGCAAACGAAGAAGCGGCUAAGAAGCAUUCGGAUGAGUUAUAUAAACUCAAAACAGGUUUAGAAAAACGAAUGGCACAGGCACUUCAAGCACUACAAACGGCUAAGGAUGAUGAAAUUGAGAAGUUACAAGAACGCUUAGAAGCACUACAAGCGCAUUUGGAAAGUGUAGUGCAGCAGCAUGAGGAGGCAAUGAUACGAGCAGAAAAUGAAAAGCAACAAGCGCUGAUGAUGGCUCACCGAGACAAGCAAGCCGUAAUGGAAAAGUUAGAGGCCACUGUGCGGGAGCUAAAAACAGAGCAAGAAGGACUCGAACGCAUGAAACGUGAGCAUAACGCAUACGACGAAAAACAACGAAAUGCGAUCGCACAAUUAAAGGAUGAAAUCUCUGCCAUGCGGAACAGGGAGGAAGAAAACAAAAUAAAACUCGAAGAAUGCAUACGAAAGCAGGAAAUACAGUUAGCGGGUCUGAGAGAAGAGAGAGAUAAUCUUAAUCGACUUUCUGAAGAGUUAAAAAUGGAUAUACGCCUUAAAGAAGACAAAGUCGAAGGGCUCAAUACGGAAUUACAGAGCGCGCUGAGGAAAGCAAAGGAAGGUGAGGCUUAUAUAGACAGUUUGCGCAACGAACUUACGGAUAGCCGUCGUCAAUUGGCUGACAGUAAUAUUGAGAAAGACAAAUACUCCAGUAGCAACAAAGAGUUGCGUGAUCAUGUGAAGCAUGUGGAGAGCGCAAAGCGGGAACAGGCGCGCACAAUAGAGGAAGCUUUGCAGAAAAUAAACACUUUACAAGAAUCUAAAAGUUCUCUGGAAAACGAACGUACGCGACUAACGACGAUUUUGAAGGAGACAGAAAACAAUAUGAGCAAAACUGUACAGGAAUUAAAUGCCACCAAGAAUACGUUACAGAAAACUCAAAUGGACUUCGCACAAAAAGAUGAAGGAGGAAAGGAAUUGCAGAACAAGUUAGCUGCUGAAAUCGAAUUAAAGGACCGUAGUCAACAGGAAUUAAAUCAGAUUAAAAAGCAGCUUGCAGAUUUAGAAGAAAAUCUAUGCGAAACGAGAGCAGAACUCGGACGCGCACGUUGUCAAUCCAAUCAGGAAGAGCAUCGCUUUCACAAUCGCGAACAAGAACUGCUGGCGCGCAUUGAAGAGGCACGCGGUAGAGAGAAACGUUUGGAGGAUCAAAAGCAUAACCUCGAGGUAUGUCUUGCUGAUGCCACACAACAAAUCCAGGAGUUAAAAGCUCGGCUGGGCGGCGCUGAAGGCCGUAUACGCGCGCUAGACGAACAACUGGCGUGCGUAGAGCUUCACAAACGCGAUACGGAACAUAAAUUGAGUUCAGUUGCGCACACACUGCGACGCAUUGCCGGUAUCCAACCUGAUGGCAGUGUUAACCUUUCGUAUCGUUUGAUAAGUCCAACAAGACGUUAUAGUCCCAUUCGAAAUGCAAUGACGACUUCCAGCUGUCAUGAUUAUGAUGCCAGAAGUACGUCACAAUGUCCGGAUGCUCCUUGUGAUCUAGAUCCUGAUCUAGUGCGUAAAGGUGUACGUAAUCUAAUGCAUCAAGUUGCACAAAUUGAACGUGAAAAGGAUGAUAUGAAGGUUCAAUUGUCGACGGCCAAAAAACAAUUACAGGAUGCAGCAGAACAGCAGUUACGUUGCGACGGAAAAGUUGGUAAACUGCAGCAAAUGCUACGUCACCUUCAGGAGGAGAAGAGUAAUCUGGACACGGAGCGUAGUAUGAAAGUUUCAGCAUUAAAUGCACUGGAAGACAAGUUUAAACAGAAGUGCGAUGAAUGUCAGCAAAUGCGUGAAAAGAUAACCCAGCUUGAAAUGGAGUUAGCAGCAUGCAAUGAGGACAACUCCCAAAUCGAGGAUCGGUUAGAGAAAUGUCGUUCACAUGGAUCGAAAUUGGAGAGUGAAAAACGUCAUCUGCAGGAAGAGCUAGCGAAGGCAGAAGGGCGCGCUGCAAAAUUAGAUCUGCAACGUGUGGCUAUGGAGGGAGAUAUAAAUCGCUUACAGAUGGCUUUACAAGAGAAAGACUGCCAUGUACGGCAGGCACAAGAACGGCUCGAUAAUCAAAAUCGGGCCACGGUCCAGUUAGAAGAACGUUGUUCAUCACUAAAGACUACGGUGGACCAAAUGAAGGACCGCUUACAAAAGGCUGCCGUUACAGAAAUGGAACUACGUGGAGAAUUGAAAGCACUUAAUAAAGAACUCUCUGAGCAGGGGCAUUGUUCGCAAUCGAAUGAGGAAAAGCUAAAACUCCUACAAAAACAAUCACAGGCAGCAGAAAAUGAAAAGCGCAUACUCGCUGAGCGUUUGGAUAAUGCACAAAGCAGCUUAAAUGAGUUGCGCCGCAGUCAACAAGCACAAUUAGACCGCAUUCAACGAUUCCAAGAGCAAGUUACAGAUUUAGAAGUGCAGCGUUCUGCUUUAGAAUCACAAUUACGCAUAGCCAAGUGGAAUCAGGAGGCCGGUGAUGGCGGUGGAAUAGGUAAAAGUGCAGAUAAGCGUGAAGAAGAAGAGCUCAGCCGUCAAUUGAAGACAUCGCAGCGAGAAAAAUCAGAGCUACGCAACAAAUUACAAGCAUUGCAGGACAAAGUGAAACAAUUGGAAUCAGAACGAAAAAGUAAGUUUGCCGGAAGCGGUGGUACCACAGCUUACGAUCGUGCCGAGAAAAGUUCUACAUAUUACGAUCCCGGUGACUAUGACUCCAACCGUAUGGAAAAUGCACCUGGCAAUUAUAGUUGUGGUCUUGACCACACCGUCAUAGAGCAAGAGGCUCGUGACUUACGCUUAAAGGUACGCCGUUUAGAGACACUCUUAGCGGAAAAGGAGUCCGAAUUGGCAAGGCUAAAGGCACGUUUGCACGAUAGCGCAAAGUGCGCUGAUGGUGGGGUGGAUACGGAGCGUUAUCGUACUGCCCAGUUGCAUGCUGAGAAGUUAUUGGACGCCCGCGAGCAAUCACACCGACAACAAGUUAUGCGUUUAGAAAAUCAGAUAUCUUUGUUGCGUGAACAAUUGGCACAAGAAGCCAAACGUCGUCAGCAAUAUAUUUUGCGUAGCUCAAAAGCCAAUCGCGAAAUGCAACACUUACGAAAUACUUUAGGUGACUCGCUGCGGCAUGUUUCACAACAUCCAUUAGACCCAAAUUUGUUGGAAAGCGAAUCUCGACGCUUGGAUAAUGCAGUUUCAAUGAGUCUACCACCGUCAACUUGUCGAGAUUACGAUCAAUAAAGCCGUGCGUCAAGUCUUUACUAUGUAUACGUGUCAGAGGAAAGGACUCCCCUUGCGAAAGGAUUCCCCAAUUCAAAACUGCCACUAAUAGCUUCCUUUUAGAAACGAAAUGCAUUUAUUAGUAUAUUUACAUGCCUAUGAACUCAUAAUACCUAUACUUGUACACAACAUACACAUACACAACAUUCACCGACCACUCCUAUAAAAGUGCAUACAUUUGUAUACAUGCCUACAUACAUAAGCCAUAAUCACCACCAACACCAUAUGUAUUGAUUUAAUUUUUUUUUCUAAAAAACUAUUUAUCAUGAAUUUAUAUUACUCUAGGGCUUUUCAUUGUCUGCAAGAUAGACAAUAGAAUAUAGUGUGUUUACUGCCUACAUUUCCUCAACAUUUAUUUGGAAAAUUAUAUUUUAUUUCACAAAACUAAAACCAAAUCUUUACCCAAAUAUUUCUCUUUUCGCGUCAUUAAAUAUAAUUUAAAUUUACGUAUUAACUGUUGCAUUUCUCCUCCCUCUAGGAGAACAUUGCGGUACAGUUUUGAAAAUUAUCAUUUCAGCAAACCCCACACUCAUUACGUCCACUAUA